AUGAUGGCAGCAGAAUACAAAAAGCGCGGCGGUGGUUACAACACCACCAAGGAAGAAGGACAAACCGAGUCUCAGAAACACCUUGAUGAUUGGACCAAGGAGGAGUGGCAGACAAAGGAAGGGAAGGGGACUGCGAAGCAGAAUGAUGGCUCGAGAAAGAGGUAUCUUCCCAAGAAAGCCUGGGAAGAGUUGAGCGAAAGUCAAAAAGCGGAGACGGAUGAAAAGAAGGUCAAAGAGUCGAAAAAGGGACGCCAGUUCGUUGGGAAUACCGACAACGCCAAGGACGCUAGGAGGAGGGCAAGUGUUGGUUCUGGAGAUGGCGAUGAAAAGAAAGCGGCAGAUGCCAACGACGACGACGAUGACGAUACUGUGAAGGAGAAGCCAACGGGCACUGAGGUAGAUGACAGCGAAAACGACAACUCAAAUAAAGCUGGUGCUAAAGCAGGUGCCAAGCGCAAAGCGAAGCAGGGGACCAGCCCGAGCAAGAAACAAAGAGACAAUGUUAGGAUGCAGAGUCUACGAAAAAGAAAUUGA